UCGUGGCGAGAUGUGCGGUGUGAGAUCAAGCUGCAGCAGCAUUUGAUCAUCAUUUUUCUCAUGGAUCAGCGUCGAAGUCCGUAAGUCCCAUUCCCUACUGGCAACUGCGUAACGUACAUCGAUAGAUGACAUGUGGGCUACUGCUGGCAACCAUGGUCUUCGCAUUCUGCGCUUCUGUGCUUCCCUCUCCCCGGUUACAGUUGCUGCUGCUGUUUCCACAACUCCUACAGCUUCAUUUCUAGUGACCAGUUUUGGUGCCUCAACUCUAAUGGAACCCACUAAGAGUUCCUCCUUCUCUGCUUCUGCCCUACCCAGAAGAAGUGGAGGUAGAGGUAGGGCUUCAGAGAUGAGAGAAGAUCAUCUACAACCCACAGGCGGAAGGAGACCCACCAAAGACAAAAUUGACGCUCUUGGAAGACUAUUAACACGCAUAUUGCGCCAUAUGGCUUUUGAGUUGAACUUGGAUAUCCGAAGUGAUGGGUAUGUCAAGGUGAAUGAUCUCCUGAAAUUGAACAUGAAAACAUAUGCUAAUAUCCCACUAAGAUCUCACACGGUUAACGAAGUUAGGGAGGCAGUCAGAAAGGAUAACAAGCAGCGGUUUAGCCUCUUGGAAGAAAAUGGUGAGUUGUUGAUUCGUGCGAACCAAGGGCACACAAUAGAGACUAUUGAAUCGGAAAGCUUAUUAAAGCCCAUCCUUUCAGCUGAGGAAGCUCCAGUAUGUGUACAUGGAACAUAUAAGAGGAAUCUAGAGUCAAUUCUGCAGUCUGGUCUCAAGCGUAUGAAAAGGCUGCAUGUUCACUUCUCAAGUGGCUUGCCAACAGAUGGGUGUGUAAUUAGUGGUAUGCGGCAAGAUGUUAACUUGCUGAUCUUUCUGGAUGUUAGAAGGGCUCUGGAAGAUGAAAUGAAGCUUUACAUGUCAGACAACAAGGUGAUCUUGACUGAAGGUUUUGAUGGUGUCGUGCCAAUCAAAUAUUUCGAGAAAAUAGAGACAUGGCCAGAUAGACACCCAGUACCUUUUUAAAGCUGGCCGAUUAGCUAAAUGCUGUGUUCUGCUGAUAGACAGUCCUGGCGUAGAAUAUCUCAUAUUACCCUUUAUAUUUUGGUGAAGAUCACCAUUAUCAAACGCAGUAGUUUUUUUUUGGGGGGGGUCCAAUUAUGUAUAUCAUCACGCUAAUAAUGUCAUAUUUUGUUCCAAGUUUUAACCAUGAGUGAAAUUAAUGUUGGUUGUGUUUGGUAGCA